AAGCUGCACAUUGAAAGCAGUACAAGCCUGUGGCUAGAAGCUGGAUGCUGACAUCAGUGGAGCAAGCUUUAUAAAUCAGCAUUCCUUAUGCACAUUUCAAGCACUGAAGACUGAAAGGUGAAUUAAAAGUGGAAGAAAGUGCCUGGCUGGCCUGGAUAAUGAAAAAGCAGAGACAGGUACUGAUAUCUUCAAGGCUUUCCUGUUUCUAAAGCAGACGUAUUAAAAUCAAACAAUCACUGCUGCUUUCUGUUAAAGACUGUUGCUCACAGAUCAGAGAUAAAGUCCAGCAGUAGUGCAAAGCAAGGAAAAGUAAUAUUGACACCUACGCACAGGGUUCUGCCAGUAACAAAGAAGCCAAAGGAAAAUGGGCGAGAGAGGGAUUUCAGGCAAAACUUGCUGGAACUUUUGCACUGUGCUUCUUACACUGAGCAUGGGACUCUUUGCCUUCUGUGCUGCGAUGGAGGAGGAAGAAUCCAGUUGGCAAGCCGACAGCCGCGUUUACAUCAAGCCACCACACUGUGUGGACAUUCCUUUUGCCCUGAGACUCUGCAACAACGUAGGCUAUCACAAGAUGAGUUUGCCCAACCUGCUGGACCAUGAGACCAUGGAAGAGGUGCAGCAGCAGGCCAGCAGCUGGGUGCCACUGCUCAACAAGAACUGCCACCCCAACACACAGCUCUUCCUGUGCUCGCUCUACGCACCCAUCUGCCUGGACAGACCCAUCUACCCGUGCCGCUCACUCUGCACAGCAGUCCGAGAUGCCUGCACACCUGUCAUGGAAUUCUUUGGCUUUCCGUGGCCUGAUAUGCUAAAGUGCGACAAGUUCCCCCUUGACAAUGACUUGUGCAUCGUCUUCCCAAAUCCUAAUUCCACCCUCUCCACAAGCUCGCAAGCAUCGGAGGUGUGUCCACCGUGCGACAACGAGAUGAACACAGAUAUUAUCCUGGAUCACCUCUGCGCAAGUGAAUUCGCUCUUAAAAUGAAAAUCAAGGAAGUUAAGAAGGAGAACGGUGAUCGAAAGAUCAUACCGCAGAAGAAGAAAAAGCCUCUGAAGCUGGGGCCACUGAAGAAAAAAGACCUGAAGAAGCUUAUCUUGUACAUUAAGAAUGGCGCAGACUGCCCUUGCCACCAGCUGGAUAACCUGAACAGUAACUUCCUCAUCAUGGGCCGCAAGGUGAACAAACAGAACCUCCUGACGGUUAUUCAUAGGUGGGAUAAAAAGAGUAAGGAGGUGAGAAAAGCUGUGAAGAAAAUGAAGACUCAUGUGUGUCCCACAUUCCAAGGGGUCUUCAAAUGAUUAUCUGCCUGUUCUUUAAAUCAAACAUCUGAACUUGCACAUGCUUUCAUUAAAAAAACAAAUUAAACUUCUUUUUCCUCAAUAAAAUAGGAUGUUUUUUUCUUUGAACUAUGAUUCUUCCCUCCUCUUUUUAGAUUUGCUGUGUAUAAUAAACAUGAUUCUUUGUAUGUUUCUUUCUGUUGAUAAGUAUGAUAGCAUAGACUAAUACGCCAGCAAGGAGGGGCAAGCUGAGACGAAAAGGUACCAUGAUGAAUUCUGAGGCUUUUAACCAAGUUUGAGGCUGUCCAAAAAAAAUAGGGGGAGGGUGUCAGAACUAACAUCUGCCAGAAGAACAGUUGGAAAAAAUAGAUAAUGUUUGGAAUAUCACAAGAGCUGUUGCAGUUUCUCCCCCAUCAACAUAUCACCACCCAGUUCUUUGGGCAACCCCCUGAGAAUCACAAAAAGCAAACAAGAACAGGCUUGGAAACUUUAUUGAGUUAUACAGUCCGGCCUGGACCGUGAGCAGUCAGCCAAGAUUACAGUGUGCUGCAAUCCCCCCUGGAGAUGUCAGACUUGCUCAGGGACUCUGGGUAUGCACAGGGUAGUCAGGAAAACCACUUGGCACCUUGCCAAAAUUCCAAACUGCAAAUGCUCACUGUUGCCGUUUGGACUUAAUAACUAAUCAUCACUUUCUUCCUCUGCACAAUGGCAAAAUAUUUUUAAAGUUAAAAUAUUCGUCAAAAUUCAUGUGCUGUGGAAGUUGGAAAGCAUCCAAAGACUCCUGUGUUCAUUUAUUAUGGCUGACAGCUUUGAACCUCUUGAAUGUUCACCUAGUAUUUACGAGUAAUUUGGGGAAUGAAUCCUGUGUAAUGAACAAACUAAGAACCUUAGGAGAAGCUUCAGUUAGAAAUUACUUUUGUUAAUGUAGCUUUGAAGACACAACAAUAAGCAAAACAUUUUGACAUUGAGCUUCACUGCUGUUGGUGCUUCUCAAGAAAUCUUUUACAUACUGAAAAUGAAGCCUUGUAAAUUUUAAUUAGCUAUCAGCAGCUUCUUUUUUUGUGUUUUGUUUCUGUUUUUUUUUGCUUUAUAAUCAUUUAUUUUCUUCCAGAUUUAUGUUUUCUCAGCAAAGCAAUGGUAUGCAGUGUUUCAAUAUCACACUGAAUUCUUUUAAUUUUGGUUCAAUUUGUUAUUAGCUCAUUUACUCAAAGUUAUAAGAAUUAAGGUCAUAGACACAUAGCUAAAUAUGUACAUGCGUUGCAUUCUUGAUCUAAGUGCACUGUGAAUGUAUAUCAAUCUGCCAUGAAAAGGAAUCUGGAUAACUAUUGCUUUCAACUGGUCUUAUGUCACACAGUUUUGGAUAAUUGUUCAGUUAAAGAGCUGCUUCAUUUGUAGUUCCUUGUAAGUAGACCUGCUUUUUAAAAAUAAAUUGGUUUGAAAAUAGAA